AGCACCAAACGCUUGGUGCAACAAGAGAGAGAGAUGGCACUGAACCCCAACGCGUGACACCAGCUGGGGUUCGGUGAUGUCCCCGGGGUGUCCUUGCAUCGCCACUCCCCUGGAAAGGUGCGUUGCUGUAUGUGGGUGGAUUUGCAUGUUCACUCCCUCCGAGCCGGUAGACAGAGCUAGAGAUCAAGGCUUUGAGCUCGCAAUGGGGAUGUCACCCGGUCACCCACGUCCCCCUGUCCCCUGGCUGCUGGCCCCACUCCUGAUAGUGGCAGGAGCUGCAGGUCCCCAGCCCCAGCAGGUGAACGGUGUCCUGGGGGGGUCCGCGCUGCUCUCCCCGGCUCUACCCCCCAACAAGACAGUGAGGGAGAUCGAGUGGAGCUUUUCAACCGGCGCCGGUGCCACCAUCCAAGUGGCAGAGUUUCGGUCCGGCACCUUCGAGCGCCCCGACCCCAAGGACCGGUUCAAGGACCGGCUGGAGAUGCUCAACGAGACGGCGCUGAAGAUCAGGGCCCUGGAGCGGGGUGACAGCGGGGUCUACGGGGCUCGGAUUAAACUGCACCCGGCGCUGGUGGAGGAUCAGAUCUUCAACCUCUCCGUCUACGAGCCGGUGCCAGCACCAGAGAUCCAGCACCGGCUGCUAUCCCUCACCGACCAAGGGUGCAACAUCACCCUGCGGUGCUGGGUGCUGGCCGGCAGCGGUGCUGAGGCCGCCUGGCAGCUCGGCAGCUCCCUGGGGACACUUUGGGGUCACCUUUGCGAAGACAACGGGACACUGUGCCUGGCCGUGCCCGCCAGCGCCUUCGCCUCCAGUUACACCUGCGUGGCCCGAAAUCCCAUCGAGGAGCGGAGCGUCUCCAUCCGCCUCGACACCCUGUGCCGGCAGCAGGGUAAAAAACUGUCCCCCCCGGCACCCGGUGCCACCCGGCCGGCGGGGUCCUGGCACCCACCACGGCUUGUCCCCGCAGAGACGCAUCGCUGGUGGAUGUGGCAGCUGUGCCUGGUGCUGCUGCUGGCCGCGGGUGCCCUGCUCGGCAUCGUCCAGCUGUGGAGGAAGAAGAGGAGGAAGAAAGCAGCCGAGGGAGGUGGGCGCUGCCGGCUCAAGGCUGAAGCGCUCGGCAAAGAGCCGGGAAAGAGGAAACCGGCUUUUUCCUUCGCUGUGGUUCUGCCGGCGCUGCCCGGACCUGGGCGGCUCCAUCCCCCCUUCCCCGCACCCCGGUUCCCCCCGGCACCCCUCCGCUCAUCCCCGCCUGCUCCUCUCACCGUAGCUGCCCUCUCCUUCCUCCCCGGCGAGGAUGCUCCGGUGGAGCCGCGGUACACCAGGAUCCAGAGGAGACCCCCCCCUGGAGACGGAGGAGUGGCAGCGAGACCACCCCACCACCAUUUACAGCCAGGUGCAGGCAAGCGCGGGCAACCAGUCCGAGGUGCUCACCUAGCCCACUGCCACUGCAGGACGGGGACCACCGAGCCCCCGUGAUACCGAGCUGACGGACGGUGCCGUGGGCUGACGGACACUCGUGUGUGUGUGUGUGUCCCCUCCAUGAUGUCUCCAACUGCCCCGUGUCCCCCCACCUCUGUUGUGGCAGCAGAGUAGGAUUUGGGGGGGGGGGGGUGACGGGACAGACAACACACACAGUGGGCAGCGUCCCUGGGGGCUGCCACAUCCCCUUUCCUCAAACCCAAGCGCAGCCCGGCAGGGAUAGGGGUGAAGGAUGGGCUGGAGGGGGGGGCUCCAACCCCCCCCCCCCCCAGCCUUGGCUCACUGGUGACUCCAAUAAAGGCAGGUGAAGAUGA